GCCCGGCCUGAUAUAAGGACACCACAUCUGCAUCCGCAACGCCGAUCUGGUUUUUCAUUACCAGUUCUUCGUCACAAUCUCCCCUUGCCAAAAUGCCUUCCCCAAGGCCUCUCUUCUUCCUCAUCCGUCCAGGGCUGGAGCGGUUCACCACGGCGGGCGAGCUCAUCGUCCAGCCCGGCACCAUCGUCCCGCUCAUCCCCAUCGACUUGCUCCCGGAAUGGCUGGAUGUCGGCGGCGUUCCUCGCAGUCUCCGACCUGAAGAGACGGUGGGGAUGACCAACCUUGGGUCUUUUCACGCCGAGUCCGACUCCUACCGCCUCAAGUUCCACCGUCUCGACGAGGACGCAGAGAGCCAGGACCAGGACCAGGACGAAGUCGGCGACGAAUCGGACGAAUCUGCAGCCCGCUCGCCUAGUUCCUGUUCUCCUCAGCCGCCGUCCAGCGUCGGGAGCGUCGCAACUCGCAAUACUCGAUCGAAACCCGCCCGCCGCGCGCCCCAAGGCCUCGCAUCUAGUCGCUACAACAACCCGACCCCUCAGCGUUUCGCCUCCCCUCGUCCACGAGCCGCCUGGACCAAAUCUGCCAAGCCAAAGGGCUCCUUCUGCCGUUACUGGUGUCACCAUGGUACGUGCAAAUGGGGUGCGGUAUGCCGGUACCAACACUCGAUGCCAAGAACCUCUGAGGAACUCGCCAUGGUCGGCCUGACGGACUUCCCGGAUUGGUGGCUCGCCUCGACCGGUGUGAUUUCAAUGCCGCCAGGGCUGCAUGACAAAGGAACGCAUAAGCCGUCGAAAAAGCGGAAGCAGAGGAAUAUUCCGGUUCCGGUAGGAGGAUCGCAACUCGAGGCGAGAGCUCUUGUCAGUGAGCACCAGGCUCAAUCGGUGAAGGACAAGGACUCGGAGACGGAGGAUCCUAGGGAGGAAGAUGAAGGGAUUCCUCAAGUGCACGUGGAUAAAUCCGACGAUUUCUUGAUUGAAUUUUAAUCGCAACUACAGUCUAGGUUGCUUUGUACUAUGCUAUGUCCGUCAAUUUACGUUUGCUGCACCAAUUGAGG